CGGAGCCUUUUAGGGACACGGGAUCAGCUACCCUUGGUGUGCAGGGAGGGGUCCUUUAGUGGGGCAGGCGCUGCUGCUGCUCUAGAGAGCUGGAUGUGACCCAGCUGGGUGUGGCCUUGCUGGUUAUUGCAGGGUGGGGUGUGUGGUUCUGAGCUUCCUCUACAGUGCAGUGUGGUGCAGGCGAGGGAGUGAGAUGGCCUCGGCCUGUGAUGGGACUUUUGCAUUUAAAAAGCAUGACCAUUCUCCUGUGGGGCUGGUGCACCCUCCCCUCUGAUGCCACACGGGUUCAUGUAACUUUGGUCCCAGGGAGGGUUGUGGGUUUUGGUUUUUUUGCAACUUGACUUGCUUGCUUGAGCCACCAAGAGAGAUUCCUUCCGCUGGUGCUUUUAGAGUUGCUGACUGUAAGAGUUUUUGUUCAGCUGCUUGCCCCCUGCCCAGAGAGUGAAGCAUAAACACAAAGGACAAAAGCUAAGAGUUCAUUAGAUAUCUCACCACUCCAGUCAAUCUGCGGAUCAGAUGGAAACCGUAGCGGCCACUGACCUCUGGGCCUAACGGAAAUCAUUUGAUAAAGGCUUGCAGUACCGUCCAAGAUGGAGCCCACUGCCUCUGGCGUCUUCUGCAGCCGGGUGCUUAGCAUGGUGAACUCAGAGGACGUGAACGCCAUCAUCUUGGCCCAAAAGAACAUGCUCAACCGCUUUGAGAAGACCAACGAGAUGCUGCUCAACUUCAACAACCUCUCCAACGUCCGGAUGCAGCAGAUGAACGAGCGCUUCCUCCACCACACUCGCACCCUAGUGGAGAUGAAGAAGGACCUGGACAGCAUCUUUCGGAGGAUCAGGACGCUGAAGGGGAAACUAGCCAAACAGUAUCCGGAAGCAUUUAGCACUGCUGCUGCUGUUGUUGUUUUGUGGCAGGCUCUAGAUCAAGUCCUGACUGAGGUCCACUGGAAGCUUCCAAAGUGCUUGACACAGCAGAAGGAAAAAGAGAAAAAAGUGGGAUAUAUUCACGAAUCUCCCAUCCUGGAAGAUGACGACUUUGACUCUAUCCCCAAAAGCACCGCCACGACCAUUGCUACCUCGGAGCAGAGCACCGAGUCCUGUGACACCAGCCCCGAUAUCAUCUCUCCCACCACCAGCCACGACUUUGAAGACCUCUCCCAGGGCCCCUACGACUCGCCAGCCGUGAAUGGGCAGAGCGUGACGGACGAUGACAACGAGACGGACUAGGCCGUGUGUCUGAUGCUUGGGGUGGCCACAGGUGGACUUUUCUUCCCGUCCGUCGCCAGGACUGCAGACUGGAGACCUUUCCCUUAAAAAAAGAAAAAAAACCCCACAAAAAUCUGCAUCUCUGUGUUGUCUUGGCUGAUUAUAUCUGUGUUGGGGGAGAGAAGGCGUGGGCAUGGUCCGUGAGGCUUUUGCAUGAACUGCCAUCUUCCUAUCGGUGCUGAUCUGUGAAUUAUGCCAAGUAAGCAAAACACUGGUUCAAAGCAGCUGGUUCAUCUGUGCAGGAAGCCCAGCUUGCAGGGGAGGGCCAGUGGCCUGACGAUUUGCUUUUACAAAGGGCUACAAGGGUUGAAUAAUGGUCACUGUGCUCAGAAAACCCCUGUCAUCAGGUGCAGCGGACGAAGGGAUUUCCUAGCAUGGAUUCUGUCAGCCCAACCUUGUGGGAAACGUCUGUCUAUUCAUGUGCAUCCCUGUAAUGACUCUAGGCUGGUUUGCGUAUCCCCCCCCCCCAAGGAGCAGAAUAACUGUUUGAAAGUCCUGCAGGGGCAGAAGUCAGCUCGGCAGUCCUGAGGGCGGGAAGUUGAACUAAAGAACAAGCGAGGAGAAGCCUUUGCCUUUCUGCCGCGAGCCUUCCCGUCCACUUCCUCGCACCCGCUGCAGCACAGCGGGAGUAUCUCCCACAAGUCCCUGCACGGCUCUCCUUUGUGCACGGGACUUGCGUGGAAGAGGCUCCCGACAGGUCCUGCUGGCCCACUUGGCUUUUGCCGCGGUCUGCUCCCUCGUCCCCUGUAGGACUGCUAACUCAGUGUGGGUCUAAGCACUCCGUAAUCUCUGUCGCCACCCCCUCGAGGUUCCCCCGAAAGCGUGUGUGUCUCCUUGCGCGUUGCCCCUUUACUAUCUAACGAUGCACCUUAUAACGACACAAAGGACUGCUGAAUGCGCCUCGCCGUUUGCCUUGCGCUGUCUUCUCAAGCGGAAGCUGCUUGCUUCUGCGUCUCACCUGUCAAGCGUCGCAUUUAACAAUCCAGCGUUGUUUACGUUCUGUUUAGACUUCUGUUCUUUUACCAUGCCUUCCGUUACUGUAACAAACAAACAAAAAAGAGUAAAUGUUCCUUGUUUUUAGUUUUGAAAGUCUGGUAACGGUACUGCCGUCUGUAUUCACCGUUCCUUGGCCGGAACUUGGUACAAACUCGAUUUGUGUGUGGAGGCUGUUGGAAACGGCCUCCUUCCCCCAUCAUCUCCUCAAAUGCAUUGUAAUUCAAAGAAGAAUAUUUUUGUACCGCUACAAGUUUACAGAGAUUAAUUAAAGGAGGUAGCAACCAAUAAAAGAGUUAGGCAUUCUAUCAA